AUGGCGACAAUUGCGCCCGACACGCCUGCGGCGCAGGCUCUCAGCAAUGCAGUACACACCAAACUCGUCGAGGAGGGUUGGACCCAAGACGACGAUACCUCCCUCGCCGAGUAUAUCGUCCUCAUGCUUGCGAAUGGAAAGACUCAAGAUCAGAUAGCCUCAGAGUUGGCCGGAGAAUUAUUACAGGAUGCUACCGGUACCACAGAGUUUGCGCAAUGGCUCUUCCAAGAGGUAGACCGCAUGCAGGAAGCGUCACAACAAUCAGAUAAACCGGUCACACAAGAACCCUCAAGUUCGGAUCAGGUGCCCGCCGAGAACCCUAUACCUGCCGCCUACGAGAUGGAUAUGGCUGAUUCUGCGCCCGAGAAUGCGUAUGUUGUCCAGCCCUCAAUGGGUCCUUCUGAGUUUUCACUGACCUCCUUCAACAGCCCUCGAGGACCCAAAGGUUUACACGGCGGCCGUGCACAGUCCAAUCGAGGACGCGGCGGUAUGAACAACAAAGGUGGAGACUCCGCGUUACAUCGAACUCGAGGCAACGAUCGCAUCAAUUCACACGGGAACGUACGAGGGGUGCCCAAAGGCCCUCGCGGCUCUCAGGAUCGAGGUGUCCGCCCUGGCAUGCAAAAGGCUUUGAACAACAUGGCUCUUGCCAAUGCCCCCGGAAUGCAGAAUCCGAUGAUGAUGAAUGGAGGCCAAUCGCCACAGACCCCGAUGCAGAUGUCGCCUCAACAACAGAUGGAAUUCAUGGCCAUGAUGGAACAACAGACCCGCAUGAUGGCUCAACUUACCGGUAUGAUGCCCGGUGGCAAUGGUGGCUUUCCCCCAAAUGGCGCUCAACAGAAUGGACACGGCCGAUCCUUGUUUGAUAGGGUCGAGCCCUCGCGUGGGCGAGGUGGUCGGGGACGGGGCAGGGGCGGUGCUAAUGCCAACGGCCACAUCAAGAGUCCGAUCAAGACCGGCGACCAAGAUACAGCCAUGGAAGGCGAUGAAGCAUCGGCAGACGCUGCCACCAUGGACGUGGACCAAGCGACGGGCCAGCCCAAGCAAGCCGCCAGCAACACCAUGUGUCAUUUCAAUUUACGAUGUACCAACAAAGAUUGCCCCUACGCCCACCAGUCACCGGUGGCACCUCCUGGAACGAUUGUGGAUAUGUCCGACACAUGCACAUUCGGCGUUGCCUGCAAGAAUCCCAAAUGUACGGGCAAGCAUCCCUCCCCAGCACAGAUCAAAGCGCUGCAGUCACAAGAAAUCUGCAAGUUCUUCCCCAACUGCACACGACCCAACUGUGCGUUCAAGCACCCCAACGCGCCCCUCUGCCGGUUCGGCUCCAACUGCAAGACGCCCAACUGCCAGUUCACCCACCUCGAAAUUGCAUGUCACUUCAAUCCCUGUACCAAUAUGCGAUGCCCCUAUAAACACAGCCCCGGCCAACAAAAAGCCACCACCCUCGCCGACUACUCGUGGACCCCCGACAAGCAGAGCCAGACGGUGCAAGACGCAUCGGCGGUCUCGGGAGACCACCUGAGCGACCGCCGAUUCGUCGACGAGAACGCGGGCGAAGAAGAGCUGGUCAAGCCGGAGACCGCGGCCGGGAAUGGAGAAGGCGUGGUCACUUGA